AGCUCACAGUCUGGCGUCGCUGGUCGACGUAAGCGGAACAAACCGGCAUUAACUUUAAAUAAUAGAUUCACGAGGGUGACCUCGUCCUCGACCCUCCAAUUGUCACUCUGACUUAGUCCUGACACCUGUUCUCACUUUAGUGUCAUUUAGAGCCUCAACUGUUAAUUUAUUAUUUUUAUAAAAUAAUAUAAUAAAGUUAUUGGUUAUUGUAAGUGAUAACUCGAGUGAAUAAAUAUUUAUUUUUUUUAUUUAAUUCAAUAUUUAUUUAGUGUGAUUCAACUAUAUAAUAGUAUUUAAUUUUGAAUGAAUGAAUAAAAUAAAAUAAAAUAAUUAAUAAUCGAGGACCGGAAACCUUUGUGAAGAGAAUUGAAAUAAGUUGGGACAUGGCGCCGUUUCCUGCAGCAGUUCCAGUGCCGUACCAGGUCGUUGAUUCCACCACGUGAAUAAUUAUUUAUCAUUAAUAUAUCAGAUUGGAAGUAAUCAACUGAUGACUGACGGCUUUUAUCUAAUCUAUUAUUUCUUCUUCUUCUUCUUUGAGUUUUUGUUUUUGUGAUUUAUUUUGUGGUAAUAAUGGAGACCCAGGGAUAUUUUGUCAAUAACUAUCGUAAUAAUAACAAUACCAACAAUUAUUAUUACUUAGUAAUUAUAUAGUACAUUAUUGUUUUAAAUAAAAUAGUGAAGUUUAAAGUGAUAAUAAUAAUAAUAGAUAGUUUUUCUGUGAAAAAUGGUUGCGUUUUUAUAACAAUUAAAUGGGAAAUUUGAAUCCUGUUAAAAAUAUAUUGAGAUAAGAAAAUACAGAACAGAAUGGGCUCUUGUGGGGUGUAUUUUUCUCAACUCCGAGCGAUGCUCAGGAGGAAUUUACUGCUCAAGAAACGGGAAAAACGAAAGACUAUUGCUGAAGUAUUUUUACCUUUGUACAUCUUGGGUAAUCUAAUAGUACUGAAAGUGUUGAUACCAAAUCCAAAUUAUCCAGCAAUGCCUGCACAACGGCAAGACGGCAAUAUAUUUGAGUUUUUAAAUGGCUAUAAGAACAAUACCAUUGCCGUUGUUCCAAAUUCCACUGAAACUCUUAAUUUCCUAACUGCAAUGAACAACUUGUGGUUAUCAAUGUGGGAGUACCCGGGUAAGCUGCCGUUAAAUUUCAUGGUAUUUGAAACGACUGGGGAUUUACAGGCGGCCUAUUGGCGUGAACCCCACAGUGUACCUCUGGCUGUUAUCUUUGAGGAUCCACAGCCGAUAACCCACAGUCUCUUAUAUGAAAUUAGAACAAAUCCGUCAUUUCACGCAACUCCGUCGCCAAAAGAAUUUUAUUCUUCAGCAGUGACCUGUCGUAAAGAUACAAGCCACUGGGUAGGUGGUUUACUGUCAAUAGAAACAGGAGGAUCAUGUCCAAUAAAUAAUUAUUUUCAUUCGGGUUUUAUGGCUCUUCAAAUGCUAAUGGACAUUACUAAAAUCAGAAUAGAUACCGGUAAUACACAAGUUACAUUACCUGAUAUUAAAUUUAAAAUGUUUCCAAAGGAAGCAUAUACAGCCCACUGGAUGUUAGCCUUCAGAGUUGUGAUACCAUUGUACAUGAUACUAGCCCUCUCUCAAUUUAUAACAUAUCUUCUUAUUUUAAUAGUCGGAGAAAAGGAGAAAAAAAUAAAAGAGGGAAUGAAAAUAAUGGGUCUAAAGGAUUCAAUAUUUUGGAUGUCAUGGUUUUUAAUAUAUGCAAUAUUUGUAUUAAUAUUAUCAGCUGUUGCUGUAAUAUUGAUAUUUACACUUCAAAUGUUUCAACAUACCCACUUUUUACCAAUAUUUUUACUAGUUGUACUCUACAGUUUUUCUGUUAUUAUGUUUUCAUUUAUGAUUACACCAUUUUUUGAUCAAUCACGAACAGCCGGAGUUUUGGGUAAUUUUGCAGUAACAAUGUUGAGUUUCAUGUACUUUAUUCAAGUAUUUGUUGAUGAUCCAACAUCAAUAUCAUUUUGGGUAGUAUCUUUAUUAAGUCCUGCGUGUGCUGCACUUGCAAUGGAUAAAGCAUUGGUAUUUGAUUUAAAAGGCGAGGGUGUUAAUUUUGAUAAUUUAUGGGCAGGACCUGGUAUACCAUUUGGAGGAAGUCUUAUUAUGAUUACUUUGGAUAUUGUUCUUUAUGGUUUACUUGCUUACUAUCUUGAUUCGGUUGUUCCCAGUGAAUAUGGAACUAAAAGACCGGCUUGGUUUUGCUUUACACCGGGAUUUUGGUGUAAAAAAAAAGUUCAACGGAUAGCAUCGUCUAACGGUGAAUCAAAUUCAUUUAUACCAGAAGAAGAAGCAAGCCGAGACGUCGAGCCAGUUGUCCGUGAGAUGAAAGGCCGUGAGGCAAUACGUAUUGUUGAUUUGUAUAAAUCUUAUCAAAAGUGCCGUAAACCAGAGGUUAAAGCCGUUAAUGGUAUUAAUUUAACAAUAUAUGAAGGACAAAUAACAGCAAUACUUGGUCACAAUGGUGCUGGUAAAACAACUUUAUUUAAUAUUCUUACGGGUUUAACUGCUCCCACUGCCGGUACAGCAUUGAUAUUUGGAUAUGACGUUAGAGAUUCAAAUGACAUGCAAAUAAUACGAAGUAUGACUGGAGUUUGUCCUCAACAUGAUAUAUUAUUUGAUCUAUUAACUCCACGUGAACAUUUAGAAUUUUUUGCUGCUGUUCGUGGUAUUCCCAAUUCAAUGAUUGAAAUUGAAGUUAAAAAAACACUUAAAGAUAUUGAUUUAACAGAAAAAGCCGAUACUUUUGCUAAAUAUUUAAGCGGAGGACAAAAAAGAAAAUUAUCUGUCGGAAUAGCUAUUAUCGGUGAUCCUAAAAUAAUUAUUUUGGAUGAACCAACAGCCGGUGUUGAUCCUUAUUCACGUCGACAAAUGUGGUCAUUUCUUCAAUCACGUCGUCAUGGUAAAGUCAUUCUACUUACUACCCAUUUUAUGGAUGAAGCUGAUAUUUUAGCUGAUCGUAAAGCUGUUAUAAGUAAAGGUAAAUUACGUUGCUGUGGUAGCUCCCUAUUUUUAAAAAAUAAAUUUGGAAUUGGUUAUCAUUUAACCCUAGUAUUGGAAGGUAAUAAUCGUGUUAAUGCUAUAACACGUCUUGUAACUAGUAAUGUUGCUAAAGCUGAAAAAGCUCGUCGACAUGGCCGUGAAUUAAGUUUUAUACUUCCUCAUAAUUCUGUUGAAAAUUUUGCUCCACUGUUUACUGCUAUUGAAAAUGAAAUAAAAACAAGAACUGGUAGAUUAGGUAUAAGCAGUUAUGGUGUAUCAAUGACUACUCUGGAGGAGGUAUUUUUGCAUCUUGAAAAAGACGAAGAGACCGAAUGUACGAUGGACAAUCUUUCUAAAAAGAUGGUGCGUAAUCGUGCACUCAGUCGAUCCCUGUCACUUCAAUCCAAGAGUACAUCUUACCAGAGUUUACAAAAUGAGGGAGCUACUGUGCAAGGUGAUGGUCAAGUUAAAAGUACAAAUGAAUUGCCUGAUGGUGUUGUUCAUCAUCAUUCACAUCACCAUCAUCAUCAUAAUCAGCAACAGUCUCAGCAGCAGCAGCAGCAGCAGCAACAACAACAACAACAACAACAACAACAACAACAACAACAUCAUCAUCAUCAUCAACAUCAUCACAAUACCGAUAAAACAAAUCAACCUGCAGCACUGGGUCUUGGUUUAGAUCCUGUUAAAAUACGGCCUAAUUUUUUUCAAACUCUCUAUGCAAUGUUGAGAUUACGGGUACUCAGAUUAACUCGAAAUCUUCAAUUACUUUAUUUUACAAUUGUUGCUCCAUUAGCACUAGUUGUAUUGGGAUUAUAUAUAAACAGUAUACAAAUAGUCAGUAUUAAAAUGGAUUCACUAGAAUUAAAUACAAGCACUUACAAACAACUUACAAAAAUACUGUACACAAAUCAUACGGAUCGAGAUUUAUCACCAUUGAUAAAUCAAAUGAGACAUGAUGUACCUUUUUUAGAUGAGUACGAUGGUAAUUUAACAGAUUUGUUGGCUAUUGCACCGCAUAUGGCUGUUGUCAAUAUCAAUGACUUUAACAGACGUCAAAUAAAUCUUACGCUUACUUACAAUGACACUAUGCAACAUUCAAUACCUAUUUUUAUGAAUAUUUUAUUCAAUUCAUACUACAGAUAUCUAUCUGGUAAAGACAAUCCAACGCCAAUAAAAAUCAAAACUCAUCCAUUCCAGCAGACAUCUCAACCUCAAGAGUUUAAUAUAGGUAUUGCAAGCUCAACUUUAUUCAUUGGAAUGAGUUUAGUUUUGGUACCAAUAACUCUGGUAGUUGAUAUGGUAUAUGACCGUGAGAUAAAAACAAAAAAUCAGCUAAGAGUUAAUGGCUUGUCGUUCUUUAUGUACUUUUUGAGCUACUUUAUUGUACUAAUAGCUCUGAUGAUAGUAAUUUGUCUGUGUAUACUUGGAAUAAUAUUUAUAUUUAAUGUACCAUCGCUUCAAGAAAUUCCAGCUCUUGUGACUCUCGGUAGUCUGAUAUUUCUUUACUGUCCAUCAUCUAUAUUAUUUUCUACCUGUUUGAGUUAUAUAUUUGAUAAAAUGGACUCGGCUCAAAGUUUUUUACCAAAUAUUGUUACAUUUUUUGGAUUAAUUCCAUUUAUUUUGGUAAUGGUAUUGGAUAUGUUGGACGUUGGUGGAACAGCAGCAUUUGCACUUCAUGUUGUAUUUUCUCUAUUAAAUGCAACAUAUUUACCUUACGCAUCAGUAUAUUAUUUGGAUCGUGUACACUUGAUGUGCUCAAUAAAUGCAGCCUGUCAUCAUUUAACAAUGUUUGAUUAUUUAACUACUGAAAUAAUAGUAAUGGCUGUAGGGGCUCUUUUACAUAUUCCUGUUUGGUUUUUUGUAUUAAUGGUUCUUGAUAUUAAAAAAACAGGUGGUAAAAUGAGCGAUGUAUUUAAAUAUUUUGGACGUAAUGGAGGAGCUAUUGGUGAAGAAAUAAUGGAAAAUACAGAUGUUGGUGAUCAUGAAGAUACUGAUGUUAAAAAUGAACGACAAAGGAUAUUUAAUGUUGUUAAUUCAUCAUCAGUUCAAGAACCACCUGUGGUAUUGGUUCAAAAUUUACGUAAAGAAUACCGUCAACGUGAAGCAACAUCCUGUGGUUGUUGUAAUAAACGUGAAGAGCAAGUACCAAAGCCACCUAAAAAAAUAUCUAUACGUAAUUUGUCAUUUGGAGUUGAGCCGGGUGAAGUAUUUGGACUUUUAGGUCACAAUGGAGCUGGAAAAACUACAACUAUGAAAAUAAUAACUGCUGAAGAGGCUGCUACACGUGGCCGAGUUCAAAUAGCCGGUUUUAAUAUUAAUUCACAAUUGACAGAUGCUUUUAGACAAAUGGGAUACUGCCCUCAACAUGACGCUCAGUGGAAAAAUAUUACCGUCAGAGAGCAUUUAGAGUGUUAUGCAGCUAUGCGCGGUGUACCAUGGAGUGAUAUUGAUAGAAUUGUUGAUUUAUAUUUAUCUGGACUUCAAAUUCACGAUCACGCGGAUAAACAAACACAAGAAUGUUCAGGUGGUACCAGAAGAAAAUUGAGCUACGCUAUGGCAAUGGUUGGAGCUCCAAAGGUAGUACUUAUGGAUGAACCUAGUACGGGAAUGGAUCCAAGGUCCAAAAGAUUCCUAUGGGAUACUAUUUUAGCUAGUUUUCAGGGUGGUAGAGGUGCUAUAUUAACCACCCACUCAAUGGAAGAAGCCGAUGCGCUUUGUUCCCGGGUUGGUAUUAUGGUUAAGGGUGAACUUAGGUGUAUAGGCUCAACUCAACACUUGAAAAAUUUAUACGGUGCGGGUUAUACCUUAGAAAUGAAAUUACUUGGCGGUGAUUGUACACCAACGACGCCCUCGGGUGAUCGUAUAAGCGCGCUUAAAGAAUUUGUCGCCGGUCUAUUUCCUGAUGCAACUCUUGAAGAGAGUUUCGCCGACAGACUGGUGUUUGCAGUGCCUCAGCACGCUGUUCAAUCACUUGCUGAUUGUUUUAUGCAAUUAGAAAAAGCCAAGUUAGAAUUGGACAUUGAGGAGUACAGUUUUAGUCAAACAACUUUGGAACAAGUAUUUUUAAAAUUUUCACACUACGAUGAAAUGAAUAGCACAGAAUGACCAGUCCGAAAAUUAAGUUAAAUUAUUGUUAUCAGUAAUAUUAAUUAAAAAAACAACAAUAAUAGAGAUAAAUCCAUUCCAGUUAAAAGAAAUUCAGUCCACGGGUAAGUUUUAAACAUUAAACAAAAAAAGUUGUAGGUCCAAAACUUUCGAGUAAAGUUUUUGAUUAUGCUAAUUAACAAAAGAAUCGUGAGAGCUAUAACAUACAGUGAGAUUAUCAGAGUAAGGGACCAUGAAGGAAGUGUGUUCUACCCAUUAAUUAAGUAUUUAAUAAAUCCGUUUAAUUUUUAGAUU